GAAAAUUUCAAAGUAUGGAUAACUUUUCCAAGACGGCUACGUAUUAAAAAAGAGGAUGAAUAGAACUAGUCCCAAUCAAUGAUGUGCAGGAUUUGCAUUGGUGGAAACGCCUUCACUCCUUAAUCUUAUGUUAGUGUUAGUAUUUAAGUAUUUUCGUGAGUCUGAACUAAAAGCAGCAAAGAUGGCGAUUCUUGUGUGGCUAGUAGCGGCGAUCUUAUCUGGAGUUGGUGCUGCACCAGAUAAACACACUACUGCGUUUUUCAUAUUUGGAGACUCAUCCGUCGAUGCCGGAAACAAUAAUUUCAUCGACACCAUACCGGAAAACAAAGCUAACUACGACCCUUACGGUCGGAACGGCCUCUUUGGGGGCCCCACAGGGCGCUUCUCCGACGGCCGCGUCGUCGUAGAUUACUUAGCUGAAUAUGCUGAGCUGCCUGUGAUUCCACCAUUCUUGGAUCCAUCUGCAUCUGAUGAUCUUAGCCAUGGCAUUAACUUUGCAUCUGGCGGAGGUGGAAUUCUUUCUACUACAAACGAGGGACAGGCAAUUGAUCUAAAGACGCAAUUGAAAUAUUUCGAACAAGUGGAGCAGCGUUUGACGGCGAAAUUGGGAGCUUCCGAAGCAGAAGAAGUCAUAUCGAAUGCAGUUUAUUUUUUUAGCAUCGGAAGCAACGAUUAUUUGGGGGGCUAUCUUGGGAACCCUAUCAUGCAACAACUCUACCAUCCCGAACAAUAUGUCGGGAUGGUUGUAGGAAAUUUGACAUCGACAAUACAAGAAGUGUACAAGAAAGGUGGUCGGAAAUUUGGGUUUUUGGGGCUAUCCCCAUUAGGGUGUUUGCCGGUAAUGAGAGCUAUUAAUCCAAGAGGCGAAGGAGGGUGUUUCGAAGAAGCUAAUUCACUUGCCUUGGCACAUAACAAUGCCCUCACAACUGUCCUCAAAAAUCUCGAAUACAUUCUCAAAGAUUUCAAGUAUAGCAACUCCCAUUUCUACACUUGGCUUCUCGAUCGGAUCAACAGUCCCUCCAACUACGGUUUCAAAGAGGGGGAAAAUGCUUGCUGCGGAUCAGGGCCAUUUGGGGGAAUAUUCAGCUGUGGAGGAAUGAAGAAGAUGACGGCUUACGAUCUGUGCGACGAUACCGACGGCUACGUUUGGUGGGAUUCUUUUCAUCCAACACAAAGGAUUCAUCAACAGUUUGCUCAAGCUCUAUGGGACGGGCCACGGGCCGCUGUCGAGCCCUAUACUCUCCGCGAUCUCUUCUUUUUCAGCCCCAUCACCGUUGCUGAUAUAGUCGAUGACGAUGUUGAUCCGCAAAAUUUUGAGCACGCAUUUUGAUCUCCCUCAAUCAUGCUCACUUCUCUUUGCUUCGGUUUGUUUGCUUUAGCACUAGAUAUGUAUGUGCAAACAUUGUGUUCCGAGGAAAUUAAAAUAAUAAUGCAAAGAUUUAUAAAAUGGUUGGAUGAUUUAAUA